CUGUAACAUGUCAUUCAUUCAAGAUGAAACUUAUAGUGUUGCUCGCCUUAUUUGCUUUGGCUAGAGCCAAACAUGAAGAAUAUAUUGGAUGGAAAUCUUAUUACGUGGAUUUGGCUGACAAAAUCCAAUCCCAGGCAUUUGGAUCCAUAGUGGACAAAUAUGAGUUGGAUGUCUUAAGCCAUCCAAUUAUUGGUCGUGAAGGUUUACUCCUGGUGAAGCCCGAACAUCAUGAUGACUUCAUCCAAGAUGUGACAGCUGAAGGGAUUGCGUUCAGAAUACAUGCAGAUGAUGUAAAAAGCCAAUUGGACUACGACGAUAUGAUGAUUGAACUGCAGAAUACAGCCUCGAAGGCCAGGAAUGGAGGACGUCAACUUCCUUACGACAAUUACCAAGAAAUUGAAGCUAUCAAUGAUUACAUAGACAGUAUCGGCAGGCAAUACCCUAACAUUGCUACUGUAGUGAACGCUGCUAAUUCCUUCGAAGGUCGUCCCAUCAAGUACGUCAAGAUCUCCUCCACAAAUUUCGAAGAUGAGAGCAAGCCUGUCAUCUUCAUUGACGGAGGCAUUCACGCCAGGGAAUGGAUCUCCCCCCCAACCGUUACCUGGGCAAUCCAUAAACUGGUUGAAGACCUAACCGAGAGAGACCUCUUGGAUAAGUUCGACUGGAUUCUCUUGCCUGUUGUCAACCCUGACGGAUACAAAUUUACAUUUACCAAUACUCGUUUUUGGCGUAAAACCCGUUCCACUGACCAGGCAGGUCUUAGCGGAAUUUGCCCAGGUGUUGAUGGCAACCGGAACUACGACUUCUUCUGGAAUUCUGUCGGUACCAGCAACUCUGCUUGCUCCGACAUUUUCGCUGGAUCCAGAGCCUUUUCUGAAGUCGAAACUCGUGUGGUAAGGGACAUCUUACAUGAGCAUCUUCACCGCAUGGCCCUUUACAUCACCAUGCACAGUUUUGGCAGCAUGAUCUUGUACCCUUGGGGACAUGAUGGUUCCUUGUCCCACAACGCCCUUGGGCUUCACACUGUCGGCGUAGCAAUGGCAAACGCCAUCAACCAGAACUCCCUUCCUCAUUUCCCGAGGUAUGUGGUUGGUAAUUCCGCGCUGGUCCUCAACUACCGCGCGUCUGGAGCGGCAGAAGAUUACGCUCAUUUCAUUGGAGUGCCGUUGUCUUACACCUUCGAAUUGCCUGGACUGUCAAGCACUAUGCUGGGUUUCAACCUGAACCCUAGGUACAUUCAGCAGGUAUGUAAUGAGACGUGGGAAGGCAUUGUAGUUGGAGUUAGAAGAGCUGGUGAUCUGUUCGAAAAUAAAAGACUGUGAAUUAUUUAUUAA